AUGAACUUCAGCAGCGUCGAAAAUCGUGGUAAACCAACGAGUUUUAUUGCAAGGCCGCAUUCACAGCUGCAGGGUCCUAGGCCUGCAGCUCUUACAGUGAGCAAGAAUUCGAAGAAGAUGAUGGCGAAGAAGAAAACGAACCCACAGAAUCCGGUUAUAGUGUAUCUGAUAUCGCCCAAGAUUAUUCAUGUACAACCUGAGGAGUUCAUGGGUCUGGUGCAACGCCUUACCGGAAAUCAUCAAGGACCGCGUAGGGUUAAUAAUAUUGUCGCUAAUUCCCAGUCUUGCUCUACUUCUAGAAAUUCUGGUGUGAGCCAAGGAGAUCAGUAUUUCAUGGAGAGCAGCCAACAGAAGCUGAUCAGCAGUAGGGCCGACUAUUCUGAUGUGCCCUUUGGAAUACCUACUGCAACAACUAAUUCCAACUUUACUGAGAUAUUUUAG